UGCACAUCUCGGCUUCAGUCUGACUGCUGGCAAGCUUGGAGUUCACUCUCACUCUCGGAGCGGACUAGCUAGGUUUUUAUUGUUAUAUCUCAUUACGAGUGGUUAUACUAUAAUCCUAGUUUUAAUACAGCUAGGCUCCUUGUGUGUUCACUUCCUUCCUGUUUCGGCACAGUUCAACAGGAUUUGUUUAUUUUGUUGUAAAUAACAUCUAGGAUUUACUUGUCUAUCCAUUAACAUCUAAAAUUAUAUGCUCAGGAGUUUGGAAUAAGAAAAAAAGUGUGUUUUGGUUAUUGCCUUCUGUCCUGAGAAGGAAGAGAAGGUGAAAAAGGAUUAGGAUUUAAUUUACACACAUCUAUACUAGAUAGUGAAUAUUGUGUAAAGAACAACCAUGGGAAAUUCCUCAGGAAAAGGCAAGAAAAAAAAUAACAAAACAGGAGAAGACCAAGCAACCAAUGAUCAAGCAGAAAAAAAGGAAGAAGCAGUCAAUGAGAGCGGAGAAGACAAAACUGCAGAAGAGGGAGCCAAUGGAAAGGAAGAAGACAAAGCAGGUGAUGGCGGAGAAGGGGGAGAGAAGAAAGAAGAAGAAUCAAAGAAAUCAAGAGGACUUGUGCCACUGGGCGCUGAUUACCAGUCACCAUGGAAAUAUGUGGCAAUGAAUGUCCUUGGUGUUUUGUGGUAUUUGGUGUCUAUGUUUGUCAACCCAUUGUCUGUAUAUUUCUGUCAGGGAAGUGAAAAGAAAGAAGAAAAUACAAGUGAGAAAUCACCAGAAAAUACAAACAAUGAUAAAACAGAUGAAAAGGGUAGUGAGAAAAAGUCAGAGGAAACUACAAAUGAGGCUAAAGAAUCAAAAGACCCUGAGACAUCACAGUCUCCUAGUGAACAAAAAUCUGAAAAUGUGUCUGGAUCAGUAGAUAAUCAAACCAAAGCAGGUGAACAGUGUGCUCAAAGUGACAGUGCUGCAGAACCAAGUCCACCACUUGCUCAACCAGAAGAUGAAGAAUUAGGUGCAGAACCAGAGCCAUCUGAAGAGGAAAAAGUUGAAGAAAAAGCUGAAGAGCAGCUUUUAGAAUCCAAUGACACACAACCAAAAGAGUCAGAAAAACAACCAGUGGAGGAAAAUUCUACCAAGGAAGAAAAACCCUCAGAAGAAGAGAAACCAAAGGAAUGUUCUGAUGAUAUUGUUUCAGAGGAACCAACACCUAUUCAAGAUGAGUCAACCAAACAGGUGGAAGAACCACCAAUUACAGGAGCUGAAAAACAGUCUGAAGAAUCAGUUCAAGAGGUAGUCCAAGAGAAAACCAAAGAACCUUGUAAAGAGGAACCUUCAGAAGCACCUAAGGAGCCUAAUCAAGAGGAACCUUCAGAAGCACCUAAGGAGCCUAGUCAAGAGGAACCUUCAGAAGCACCUGAGGAGCCUAGUCAAGAGGAACCUUCAGAAGCACCUGAAGAGCCUAGUCAAGAGGAACCUUCAGAAGCACCUGAAGAGCCUAGUCAAGAGGAACCUUCAGAAGCACCUGAAGAGCCUAGUCAAGAGGAACCUUCAGAAGCACCUGAAGAGCCUAGUCAAGAGGAAGCUGUAUGUCCAGAAGUUCCCGAGGAUGCUCAACAGCAACAGUCAGAGUCAGACACAGUAAAGACUGAGGAGGAAAAACAACCUCAGGAGCAACAACCACAGGAAACAGAGGAGGAACAGAAUUCAGAGGAAGUUGAACAAGAUAAAAUUAAUCCAAGUCCUGAGGAAGAUUCAACAGAGGAGCCAAAAUUGGAGGAGGAUAAAGAAGUACAGGAGGAGGUGGAUGAGGCUGAAACUCCCAAGGAAAAAGAGUCAGAAUCCAAAGAAAAACCAAGUGAAGAAACACCUAAGCCAGAUGAAACGCCCAAACCUGACGAAUCUCCCAAACCGGAUGAGACCCCUAAACCUGAUGAACCGGAACCAGCCUCUCAGGAGGAAACAAAAAAGGAACCUGCUGCCGAGGAAUCUAAAGAGGCCGAGGCUCCUAAAGAAACUUGUGAACCAGAACAAGCUGAACAAGAAACUCCUGCAGCUGAACCAGAAAAACCGGCAGCUGAACCAGAAAAACCGGCAGCUGAACCAGAAAAACCGGCAGCUGAACCAGAAAAGCCUGCAUCUGAACCAGAAUCAACAGAACCCCCAGCACCCGAGCCAGAACAGGCUGAACAGAAUGCUGUGGAAAAUGAUGAGAGUGAGAAAUUUUCCACUGAAUUCAGAUGGGAAGAGGACGGAGAGACGGUUAAAGUUUCAGGUUCUUUUAAUGACUGGAAAGAACAAGUGCCUUUAGAGAAAAAUGGUGAUAAUGUGUUUCUUACCAAAAUUGAUCUACCCAAGGGAGAGUACAUGUUCAAAUUUAUUGUGGAUGAGAAAUGGGUUGUCAGCUCAAAAUUGCCCACCAAAGCUGGAGAUGAUGGAGUGGAGAACAAUUUUAUCACAGUUACUGGCUAGUGCACUAGUCAUCUCCCCUUCCUUUUAACAUAAAAACAUGCACCAUAAUGUUCGGACUUGUUCUUUGUGACAUUCCAAGCAUACAGACAGAUUUUGAUCAGUGGACAUACUCUUUCUUGACACUGACAUCAUGACUCCCAGAGGAAAUCAACUUGUUUUUGUUUUUUUUUCGUUUCUUUUUCUUUUUUUUUUUUUUUGGUCACACAUUAUGAGGGCUUCUGAGUUGCAAUUUGCAAGCUGAAUGAGUGUUUUUUGACAGGUUUACUGAGUGGAAUAGGGAUGCAUCUGUAUCUUUUAUUAGAUGCUUAAAUCAUGCCUCAUACUUUGAUCCAUGCGUGUAUUAAUUUUAUGAGUAUGAAUGUGUGUGUGUUUUGAUAAUGCUGGCUUAAUCAAAUAUUUAAUAGUCUCUUAAAAUUCUUAGUAUAGUGUGACUGAUUGAAAUCUUGUAUGCAUUGGCAUAUAAAUGAAUUGAUAACUGAUCUUCUCUUAAUUCUGCCUAUUGAAAAGUGAUAUAUUACCUCUAGAACUGUUAAAUGAGGCAUAAUUGUAUCUAUUUUUACCCGUUUUAUUUUAUUUCUCCUAAAAUUAGUAUUACUGCAUAAAAAAGAUUUAUUAAAACUCGCCAUAAUCUUUUGACAACCUUACAAAAACUUUUGACAACCUUACCAAUACUUAAAUAAUAGAUGUCUGAUGAGGUUAUUCACAUAUUUGUGUCUACUUAUUCAAAUAUGGAACAGUUACAGAGAUUAAUAUAUUUGAAUGUUUACAUAGCGCAGGUCUGUCUGAGUUUAAAGAUGAAAAAUUGGGUCAACUAAAUCACACUCAGUAAUUUCAGACCUAUUAUUGUUUAAUCAGAUAGCUUAAAUGUUGUGUUAGAAUUAGGGAGAUGCUUCUUUAAUGAAAUUGUUCUGCACCCUUGUAUAACGCCUGGAAUACUUUGGGUUGGGCCAAUUUGAUUAAAGUAUUUAUCCAAUGUUUAUGAACACUUUUCUUCAGAAUGAGUCCGAAGUUCAAAUGAAAAAGCCUAUAGCUUUUUGCUCUAGGAGCAGGUCCCUUUUUGUAACUAAGCUCAACAGAUAUGCUAAAUUUGAGUGUCAAGGUGCUUUAAAGUCAUUUCAAUUUCCUCAUUACACUUAUAAAGCAAAGAUGAUGCGCUUUUCCGAUGUAUUGUUUUAAAUUAUUUUUUUUUCAUCACAUUAAGAUAUCUGUCCAAACAUGUAUGCAUUUGUAUCAAAUGAUUCUCAGUAAUGUCUUUGCAUACUUUGGGAUGCUUUGGUGACCUAGUUGAGCAGUGUCAAGGGGAGAUAUUUCAUGUAUAUGUCAUGCUCUUUGUGGAUGUCAGAUCAGUAUUUUUGUAUAAUUGUAGUUUUGUGUCACUCUUAAUGCUGUUUUUUUUAUACAGAAAUAAUUGUUUUAUUUAAAGUCUGAAAAGGGUUUUUUUUUUGUUUUUAAAUUUCCAGAAGAAUUGGAGCAAAAAUAAUAAACAAACCAAAAAUUUAUAUUUUCAAAGUAAUUUUGAAGAGUCCCACAGGAAAACAAAUUCAUCAGUCAUUCUCUAUUAAAAACACCACAAACCUUUAAAUUGGACUAAGAUAAAUCCCCUAUUUUCAUAAAACUUAUUGUAAAAAUUAUUGUCCUGUAUUGAUCAGUAUCUUAUUCAUGUCUGUUAAUUGUAAUCUGUUUAAUUAAUAUCUAGUCAUUUUUAUAAGUCGUGAGUGACCAAUCACUUAAAAACACAAUCCCAGGAUACAAAGUGGUCAAAAGUGCUUGUAGUAUAUUGUAGUGUAAUGUAUGUCAUUGAAAUAAAGUAUGUAUCUGAGACAA